AUCCAGUUUGCAAGACAUGGUGACAAAGUAUCAGAAAAGAAAGAACAAAACUCAGGGGCAUUCGGACUCGGACUCAGAAGUGGAAGGUCGGGUAGAUGGGGUCAAGUCCUGGUUGUCUAAAAGCAAAUGUUCCACCAAGAACCUCUCGGAUGACGGCAGCCUGAAAAGUUCCAGAUAUGCUGUAAAUGUAGACGCAAAGGAAGGGAAAGAGUGGAAACUGUGUCAGGAGGUGAAUUCAGACGACAAAGAGGUAGAGACUAACAGGCCGGUGUCAGUCAUGAGCUCCUUAAGUUACAGAAAACAGUCCAACCUGGAUUCAUUAGGAAGCAAAGGAGAGAGCGCUGCCACAGAGAGCUCUCUGACCUUCCAGAAGUCCAAAUUCAAACCCUCUGACCUUCAUGACGAGACGUACUCUGUGAGCUGCUGGAAGACUGCCCAGGCACAGGAAGACUUCAGUGGCAGAGAAUCCGUCAUCUCUGAGGCAAACAGCAGAGCCAGGAGAGGUAUAGACAGCCGAUUGAGUCAAAUUGACAAAGAAUCCUUCGUUUCGUCCAGUCGACCUGCAACAAAUCUCAGCUUCAUCUCAGAGACGAGGCCUGGCAGCAGCUUCGGUCUAAGCCGACAGGGAUUCCAUCGAAGCACCUCACGUUUAGAAGAGGGCAGAAGUGAGCGGUUACUGUACGGCAGCAGUCCUAGCAGCCCGUGUUUUAGUCGUCGGUCAAGGAGUCGCAGUCCUGGAAGCGUUAGCCAGCCAGGUUCCCACAUGUUGCUGGGCCGCAGCAGCCGACUGAGCGACUUUGACAUUGCUGUGGAUGACAGUUGCAGCGUGGCUUUCACUGAGAGGUCAGCGUACAGUCCUCACUCAUCCACGGGUCGCAGUGUCUCCAUGCCUCCACCACAAGCUAGAUCCAUUUCUGACAAUUACUCAGUUGAUGACUCUGAUAUCAAGCCUGUCAGUCACCGCAACUACCUCGACCCUGACCUGGAGAAAGCUAUAAACGAAGUGCUGAGUUUUAAACCUAUCAAGUUUAAGCGAAAGAGCUUGGAAGACUCCAAUGACGAGGAGGAAAAAUCCCAAAGCAAUAAAGACGAGGGUAAAGCUCUGAGGGAUGGAGACCGUACUCGCCCCACUAGCAGUCUCCGGUGCCCUGAACCUGACGUGGACUGCAGGAAACCGUCCCGCAGUGCCAGCAGCUGCAGCAAGAGCAACGGCAAGAGCAAGAAGAAGAAGAAGAGAAGUCACAGCUCCGAGUCUCACAGUUCUGGUGAAAAAACACGUCGCAGAAGCAGCUCCAAAAGAAGGCACAAAAAGUCCAAGAAAAGGAAUCGGUCAUCUUCGUCUUCCUCAGAUUCUGAGUCAGACUCAGGGUCUAGCUCUGAUGCAUCUACCAUCUCAUACCGAAGUUCAAGCAGCGUAAAGAAGGCUCCAGCUAGAACUGCUUCUGACCCAGAAGAGGAGGAGGGCCAGCCCUUAAACAGGAAGGAUGAGAAAAAGAGAAAGAAGAAGGUGGACAGUUUGGUGAUGAAGUACUUGUACCGGCCUGACAGUGACUGACAGACA